AUGUUCCUCCACAGGAUUAUCGUUUCCUGGGCUAUUGCCAGUACCCACAACGGAUCUGAGCUACCUCGUGAUGGUGAGGUCGGUACACUAACGGGCCGGCCCUACAACAGUAGUCCCGGCAGUAUGGAAACUUUAUGGCCUCUCCAAAUAUCAGAAACUAUCCCCAAGGGUGCAUAUAGAUCGGGCGAGGUGUCCAAUACACUUGGUUGA